AUGCCAUCUCCUUUGGGUGUCCUACUUGUUAUCUUUGCAUCACUACAUGAGGCAUUAGUUCAGGUGGUUGGUGGCUUAGCUAGUGAGACAGCUCACAUGAUAAGUGCAGUUGUUAAAGGCAUAACUCCAUUGACUUAUGAGUUUACUAAUCUUGUAUCCACUGCUUUUAAUGUUCUUCCAUCCUCUUUUCUUCUUUUUCAAAGAAAAACUAGAGAGAUAAUUAAAGCAAAUUUAGGUAGAGGCUCUGAUGAGCUGGUAGAGUACGAACAAGAGUCAUUUUCAGGUAAAGGUGAAGAUGCCACUUGAAAUGCUUGUCAAGAAAUGUGGUAUAGAUGUUAUUAAGGAACUUAUGUUUGAAGAACAUAUAAAGCUGCUUACUAAUAUUAGAAAGGUUUGCUGAAGAUUUAAUGGUUUUUUUCUCUAAGAAAUUAAUUUGGAAUUAAAAUUAAACAAGUUGGUAUGGAAUGGAAUGCAUACAAAGGAAUGGAAUGAGAGAAAAUAUGCUGAUAACACUGAAACCAAAUCUCAUAUGUCAAAAGCAACCACCUCCAGGUUCUUUUCGCUUCUUCCCUUUUAAUCAAAGA